GACCUGAGGCGGCGGGUACAGCGGAGCCGCAGAGGGAGUGUGCUCCUGUUGCCGCUGUUGCCGCUGCUGCUUCUCUGUGCUGGGUGGAGGAGUGGGAGCGGCCUGACGUCUUGUUGUGUGUGAAUGAGUUUGAAGAAGAAAAAAAGAGAGAGACUGUGUGACAACAGCUCAGCAGUCGAGACCACCGCGGACAAACCCGGAGAAAGUGUUUUCUUUUGGAACUUCUUCCCGCUUCCUUCAACCUGUAUGACUGCGCGAGGACAACAGCAACCCAGUUAUGGAGCCCGCCAUUGAGACUGGACACGCCUCAAACCCCAAGCCGCCUCUGGCCCCUAAACCCCGGCUCACUCCCAAGCCCUUCUCCCUGCAGAAGAACACUGCCUUUCGCUCCAUCCACGCUCCAAAGACGAUAGGCACAUCUUCAAAGCCAACAACAAACCAGACUGUAAAAUCUGAAGCCACUGGUGUGCCCAAACCAACUCCAACAGCUCGUGUUCAACAAACCACCAUUGCUGAUUCCAAACCCAGCUCUGUGAGAAAGCCUGUCAAAGAUAAACUAAAGACUACCCAGGAAAGUAAAGCAAGUCCACAUGAAGUAGUUGUAGGCUCUAGUGGUGGAGCUCCAGGAAAAUCUGACCCUCCCUUAAAAACCGCUCCACCUGAAGAGACACCCAAAUCCGUGUCAAUCCAGAAAGACGAUGUCACCCAAACAAACCACAAAGCAGCCACGGAUGAUUUGAUUUCCAACUCUGAACAGAAAGAUGGAAAAAAGAAAGAAGAUGAAACUCAGAGUUCUGUCACCCAAAAGCCAGAAGAACCAGGAAGUGAUAAUGGCUCUUCUACAACUGGUCCAACAUAUCAGUGGGGUGGCACCAGGAAGAGUCUGUCCACAGAGCUCACCUCGAUGUUUGAGUCAGGUGGUCCGGCCCUGCCAGUGCAGCCCAUUACAACCGUAUCUACAAACAAUACCAACGGUGAUUCAACCAAUUCUGUGUCAACUAAUCCAGAGCAGAGCCAGACAACAACAGAGCCGUCAAACAGAGAGAGUGAUGUCACUGGUUAUGAAGAUGAUUAUAUCGGAGGAGGGAGCAUAAAACGCAGAAUCAGUCUUCUGUUCGACUCCUCAUCGAGGCCAGAGGUCAUGGCAAAAAAAGAGGAGCCAGAGAUUGUAACUAGUGAAGGAGGUGUGAAGGAGCGAAUAAAACACUGGGCAAUGGAAACUAGUUCUGAGGGUCCAAAGACUGAGAGGAAGCCUCAGGCUGCAACGCGAUCUCGCUCCAAGAGCUUUGAGCCUGUGCUUGCUCCAGCAGCAGAGAAAACAUCCAAAACGCCACAAGUGAAACCCCCUGCUACCGAAACAUCAUCCACGCACACUGUGGAUCCUCAUCCAAAGAUGUCUUCACCUGAGCCCCCCUCAGAAUCCCCAAUGGAAACAUCCAAAGACUCUUCUCCCGAAAUGAUGUCUCUGUCCAAGGAGGAUAAGACGACCAAUCCAACCAAGGAUGAGGCUCGACUACACAGUCGCAGCCUUCCUGCAACCCAGGCCGCUACAAAUGAGGGAGACUCAAGUAAAAGUGGCCAGCGCAGUCUAAGGAGAGACAAUGUCAAGCGCCGCUCGGUUCGUUUUGGUAUCGUGGAGAGAGAUGAUGGUGGGCCUCCACUGAUCCUGGGCUCAGCUUCUGAAUCUAGUUCAGAAGAAGAAGAAGAAGCUCCUCAUGAUAAAUCUGAGGAGGACACCCCUGUUUCUUUUCCCGUCUAUAGGCGAGCUGGAGAUCGUCAGAACAAGGAUGACGAGACCCAAAAGCUAGAAGAGGAACAACUGAAACACCUGGAAUUUGAGCAAAGACGGAGAGCAGAGGAGCACGAACAGGCAAGACUCAAGUUGGAGGAGGAGGAGGAGGAGCGAAAACGAGAAGAGGAAGAAAGAGAGAAGGAACAUCUUAGGCUUAGGGAAGAGGAAAAACAUAGAGAGGAGGAAAGGGAAAUAGAGAGGUUGGCAGAGGAGGAAAUGGAGAGACUCCGGAAAGAGGAAUUGGAGAGGGAAAGGUUGAAACUGGAGGAAAGUGAAAUGAGAAGACAAAGAGAGGAAGAGAUGGAGAGGGAAAGACAGUUGGAGCUGAUGUUGCAGAGACAGAGAGAAGACGAACGAGAGAGGACAAGGCAGAGAGAGGAAAAACUAAAACAAGAGCAGAUUGAGAGAGAAAAAGAGAGACUGGAGGAGGAGAGGAGGAGAGAGGAGAGACUGAUGGUGGAAAGAGAAAGACAAAGGCUAAGAGAGGAAGAAGAGAGAUCUAUGAAUGAACACAAGGAACACAUAGAAAGACUACGAGAGGAAGAAAUGAAUUUGAGAGCAGAAGAGGAAGUGAGGGAUAGAGAAAGGGAGUUUGAGAGAGUCAGGCAGAAAGAGGAAAGACUCAAACAAGAGGAGAUGGAGAAAGAAAGAUUAAGAGAGGAGGCUGAGGAACAGCAGAGAAGGAAGAAGGUUGAAGAGAUGAUGAGAGAAAGACUGAGACAGGAAGAGGAGGAAGAAAGAAAAAGAAGGGCAUAUGAGAGGGAAAUGCAGCAGGAAGAAGAGGAAGAGAGGGAGAGAUUGAGGCAAAUAGAAAAACAGAGAGAGGAGGAAAGGGUGAGACAUACGGAGAGAGAAAGGUUGUUGGAAGUGGAGAGAAAAAUGCAAGCAGAGCUGGAAAUACAGCGAGUGAAAGAACUGGAAGAAAAGCUUAGGAGAGAUCAAGAAAAAGAAAAGGAAAUUCUCGGGUUAAGCGACAGGGGACAAAAGAGUAAAUCAGAUGAAAGUAGUUUAAUCAGCUUUGACUCUGAAGACAUGCCUCAGACGUCCGAAACUCCACAUUCACCCUUUCCAAAGCUCAGCAAACCCACAGAGAAUCCAAUCGAAGUCGUUUAUGAUGACUUCUCGGUCAAAAAGUCUCUGAUUGAGGUGGAUUUUGAUGACUUUUCAGUCAAACCAAAGAAAUGGGGCUCACAGGCUAAAGCUGAGACGCCUCCAGUCAUUGACAGCUGGGCGACCAGUCCUUGGGACGGAGGGAAGGUGGAUGUUCUGGUACCUCUGGAUGUAUCCCCUCAACAAAACAGGGCACCACGGUAUGUGGCAGAACCAGAUGAUCCAGAGCCUACACGAGCUGUGGAGAGCCCUGAGGAAAGGCAAGAGGAUGAAGAGGAGGAGGAGGAGAAGGAGGAUGUAGGGGAGGAGGAGGAGGAGGAGAAACCAGAGGAGAAGACUGAGGAGCGUCAGCUUAUCUCUUUGGAGUACGAGGAGGCAGAGAACAAGGAAGACAUAGAGAUGGAGGAAGAGAUGGAUGAAGUAGAAGAAGAAGAAGAAGAUGACGACAACGACAAGCAGGAGACACUGGUUGACUAUCAUCAUUCAAACGGAGAAGACAGAGACGUGGACACGUUGGUGGACAGUGAGCCAGACGAGCAGACACCUGAACCUGACAGCCCACCUCUCAUCUAUGACCAAGUUCCCGAAGUCUCCCCUCGAGAUGUGAAUACAACUAAUUUCCACAGAGAGCCAGAGUUCGCUCCAUUCCCUGAGAGCUCCACUCCACUCCUCGACACCAGCGCGCAGAGAUCCAAGGCGACCUUGAGUAAGAGGCGGGGUCGAUCGCGUCCGUCGCGCUCACUCCGUGCAGGGUUUGCUCAGAGGGAAAUCUUGGACUGGAGGUCACGUGACUCCACAGAUGAAAAUGAAUCAUCUUCCAAGCAAAGGGAGUCAGAUUCUGAGGAGGAGCAGCCCAAACCUAAGAAUAUCUAUCCUCCUUCUUCCUCCUCUCAAAGAGUCCCCAUAUUCCCUGGUCUGAGUCCAACAGCCCUGAUUGCUCAGCUAAAAAAGAGAACAGCCGGAGGAGGAGAGGAAACAGAAGACAAAGGAAGUCGUCUGGAGGAGAAAGCACCAUCGCCCUCGCUACUCUCCCGCUCGCCUCGCUCUGCCGCUCACCUUGCGGGGGCUGCGCGGGUGCUGCCGCCCCUCGGUGGCACAGACGGAGGUGCCAGCUCUUCUCCUGCAUGGCUGAAAGAACUGAAGUCUAAAAAGCGCCUGGGUCUGCACGACAGUGAGGCUUAAGCACAGAAACAGGAGACACUGUGUCAUUUCCUUUCAGCAAGAAGUCGUCCAUCUGCUGCUGUUGCUGCUGCUGAUUGACAGCUACUCUGCACUUUGAGUGCCUUAUUCUGGACAUUUACUGGUCAAUUCAGAGGGACAGAGCGCUGAAUGUCACGGAAAACUUUACAUCUUGUAAAUGAAAGUAAUGGUGCCAAGUCUAUAAUGUGGUAAUACCAAGUCCAUGUUUUAUUGACUGUUGUACAGAGGUUCAGUGGAGGUGUGUGUGGGGGGGGGGGGACACACCUCAAUAUAAUUUAGAGCAAAAAGCCUUAGACUGUGUUUUGUGGUGACAGGUUCUGAUUCCGCUAGUCCUCCUGCAGCGUAAUGUACCAUCACACACAUCGACACUAGAUAGUGAACAUAAAUAAUGGCUUGCACCUUGUGUGUGUUUAGUGGUAAAAUGUGUGAAACAUUACUUUAUCAAUCACACGUGUAAACCUCCUUGCAAGCACUUUAAGGAACAGGACCUUGGAAGUGGCCUUCCAUAAGUGAUAGAAUCGUCACGUUUAUGACAGGGUGAAGGGAUUUUCUUUGCUUUUUUUGUAACAAUGUGAAUGCCUGACAUCUCUCUUUAAAGCAAGUUUCCACAAAGUGUAAAGAGACUUUUAUAUAUAUAUAGGAUAAACAUAUAUAUAUAUAUAUAUAUAUAUAUAUAUGUGUGAAAUGUUCAGAAGUUGAACAGAAUGUGUGGGAACUAUAGGCUGUCACAGAUCAGGAAAGAGUGUUUUUUAAAAAAAAAUUCUUUAUACUUUUGUGAGUGUGUUUUUAAUUCGGACGAUGGACUGUCAUCACUGCUGUAAUCAUUCAUGACCAACAUACUGUAUGAUAAGAGGAAAUUGAGGGAACUUUAUUAAAAGAAUUUCUAUGAAAUGCAACAA